UAGUAGUAGUAGUAGUAGUAGUAUGCUCCUCCUAUUCACAUUGACUCACUCACUCGCUGUUCUCCUCUUUCUUUAAUAAGAGCUCUAGCUCUUGUCACUCUCACUCUCACUCUGCUUCCCAGUUCCCACCACCACUUGCAUUCAUCAAUCAUCCCACUUCUUCUUUCUUCCUCUCCUACCUUUCCUUAGCCUCACCUCACCUCACCUCACCUGACCUUGCCUUCUUCUGGAAUCUCCUCUCUCUCUCUCUCUCUCUCUCUCUCUAGUCUCUCCCUCCCUCCCUCCCUUACAUUCCUCCAGAAUCAGGCUGACUUAGAAACCUUACACCAUUGUAUUUCUACGGUACCAACCAUACUCUUAUGAUUGAACUUGUCCAUCUCCAUCUCCAUCUCUGAGUUCCUUGUGCGCGCGCGGAUUGAUCUCCUUCCUUGAUUUGAUCCUGGUCAAACCCACAUGGCCCAGCCCAGACGUGGGAUGCACUCCACAAUGCUGCUGCUGUUGCAUGCAAAAUCUUAUCUUGGUUUCCUUCCGACUCACUCACUCACUCAGUAAUAUUAUUAUAUGUACAUAGAAUCCCUUGGUUGGUUGGUUGGUUCAAGAUUGCAUUUUUAGGAAAUCGCCUUCCUUAAAAAACUCUGGAAAUCUCCUUCGAAUCCUGCCUGCCUGCCUCAAUGCAUUCAUUAAUCAGAGCUCUAAUUUAAUCUUUUUUCGUAUCAAAAUCCCCGAUCCUAUCGACCACUUCCUCACUCCAGCCCCCACUGAAAUUGAAAUGGCAAGUGCGGACAAUGGCGGAAGAUUUGGGGACACAGGAGUGAUUGAGCUGACAGGGAAGGUCGUGGCGGUUGCACUUGUCCUCCUCUUCUUCAUCGUCUUCUUCGUUUUCUGUCUUCACAUCUACGCCAAAUGGUUCUGGUACAGCCGCCAAGACAACCCCCCGACCACGACCCCCACCAGACGACGACAGCGACGCCGCAGCAGUCUGGAUUUCGCGGGUGGAGACGAUGAGAUGGCGAUUGUAUCCUCCUCCUCCUCCGCCGCCGCCGCCCUGCGCCAUGGCCUGGACCCUUGGGUGCUGAAGAGCAUACCGGUUGUGGUGUUUGAUCCCAAAGAUGAUGGGUUGGAGUGCGCGGUGUGCUUGUGUGAGGUUUCGGAGGGCGAGAAGGCGAGGCUUCUGCCCAAAUGCAACCAUGGCUUCCACGUUGACUGCAUUGAUAUGUGGUUUGAAUCGCACUCCACGUGCCCUCUCUGUCGAAACCCUAUCGACUACGAUCCCAAUCAGGUGUUCAAUCAUCGUCCCGGCGCUGCUGAAACUGUGACAGAUUCGGAGGAGAAUCCCUCCUCCUCCUCCUCCUCAGGAGGCAAUGUUAAUGUUAAUCAUAAUCAUGUUGAGCAGUCGACAUCUCCCAAUUUCCCUACCAAUGUGUUGGUCUGGGGAGAUGAGAGUCAAGUGAGGACUUUUAGUCCUAAUUGUACUGUGGAGGAGGAAACCAGCAGCACCCAUCAUCAUCAACCCAAUACUGGCGUUGAAGAAACAGAAGCAGAAGGUGCAGCUGAAUCUGAAUCUGAACAAGCUUCGUCGAUGACCUCCACCUCCACCUCCACCUCCAGCAUCAGCAUUAUUAUUAUUCCUAAUCCUAAUCCUAAUCAUACUAGGCAGAUGAGUGAAGAAGAAGAGGAGGAAGAACAGAAGGUUCCAGCAGUGGCGGCCACGAGGAGGCUGAGGUCACUCAAAAGGCUUUUGAGUGGCGGGGGCAACAGAAGAGUAAACCAUCAUCCAUCCAAUGCUACUAGUCCAAGAAAUUUGGAUCUGGAACAAGGCAGGCAGGCAGCAGCAAUAGAGGAGAGGAGAGGAGGUUGUUAAACUUGAUGAUUUCUUCUCCAUACGACAUACAGCUUGAUCUGAUGUGAUCUGAUGAUGCAUUUAUUUAAGACAGCAGCGCAGCUGGGCGGUAAUACUGAAUGAUGCCUGCAGCUAGUAGUUACGUUUUUAAGGUGUUGGAUCA